AUGGUGUCUACUAAUUCUAUCGCUCUCAAUCCUAUGGCCGCGACGACGUGUGUAGGUUCUGGUCAUGUCACGGUGGAUUCGCCCGUGAGUAAACGUCUCACGUGUCCAUUUCCAACAUUGCAAUUGUCUUCGGAGAAUGCGUCAGAGCUAGAAACCCUUGCUCACAAAUUAAUAGUGUCCAGCAUUAAGGAGUACGAAAGUUUUCUCCUUGACAACCAUAACAGGGUAGACGAAUUGCGUUGGAAGUUUGUUUCGUCAAAAGAGAAUUUGCGUGCUUACGCAAAGCAAGCCCGUCCAAUGAAAUCUACACACUCGCACCAGGCAAAUAUGCCAGUAGCGGAUCUACCCGUAGUGAUGAUUACAGGAACCAUCGUCGGCGAUCUCGACGAUAUCAUGUACGGAGUCGCCUGUUGGACGACUGAGCAGGUGCGCGUUAACUUAUCGUACGCCUAUGACGAAUUUCCUAGAUGUGCUGUGCUUUCGACUCUUGUCUACCCGACCGUAGAAAAUCCAUUCAAUAUGGCUGCCAUUAAGUGGGUAGAGUAUCUAGCUCCGUUGGUGCUACGUCCUGUUAUCAAGCACCGCGACUUUGUUUACAUGGACACCACAGGCGUUGAAAGACUUCGUAAUGGUGAACGAGUAGGAUACCACAUUGUCCACUCGGUUCAGUUUCCAGAGACUCCGACGCUAGACACCCACACCCGAGGCAACAGCUCCAUAAGUAUCUUGUAUCGCCAACGAACCAAGAAUGUCACGGACGUCUUCAUCAAAGGAUUCUUCAAUUCGGCCGAAGGCAUUAUGCGCACCAUGUUGAUCCGUGCAACUACUCGAAUGCUGUUCUCUGUUGCGAAAAGUAUCUACUGCAGCCACACGAAGAAGCUGGCAUGGGCGCUACGUCAACGACACAAUGCAGAGGCUUCGUCUACAAGCUCCGGAUGCACUGACGGUUCAUCUUGUGCUCCAUCGGACGACAAGCGCUGUUUUGGCUGUGGAAAAAAGCAGUCAGUUUUUGUCCAAGCUGCAAGCCAAAUUAGCCGUGGCUCCAAGAUCCUACAGAAGAAAAGACAAUGCAAAAUCUGCAUGCACCACAUGUGCGUGGACUGCAGGAGGCAACAUCAACUCAUCUUUUUGUUAUCGGAUCAAAGACUCAAGCAGCAUCUGGUAACUAUUUGCCGAAGUUGCGAGUUUAAUGCAUUAUCAGAAAGCGCAGUUGGGAUUGCUCGGAAGGAGAUGCUAUUGAGCAAUCAAGUGCUGUGUUGGGACACCAUUUCGGGUUUGCAGAGCGAGUAA